GGGAUUUCUCGGAGGAAGCAGCCCAGCGGGGUUUCUGCCCGCCAGGCGGAGCGGAGGCAGCACAGCUGUGGCUCCACCAUGAGCCUUGGGGCUGCGGCCCCCGGGAGAGAGGUGCUGCUGCCGCUGCCCUCGCAGAGGAGCCGCCGCGGGCCCGGCCGGCGGCCGCCGAGGCCGGGGAGGAGCCGCCGGCGAAGCGAUGCAGGAAGCCAUUGCGAUCACCGAGCAGCCGGUCUCCGUCUCCGUCCCCGUGGGGUAUUCCUUCAGCCUGCGGUGCAGAGCCGAGGGACGCACGUCGCUGCAGUACCAGUGGUUCUGUCAGCACCAGUCUGUCUGCCGCCAGAUCCCUGGUGCCACCAAGCAAGAUUUGCCCAUCACUGCACAGCAGACCCAACUCUACACGUGCAGAAUCAAUGACCUCCACAGGAAUGCUGUCUUCUCCGACUGGGUGAAGGUGGAGGUCCAUCAGUGUGUCGCCAGAGGACUGCCGCCUCGGCUCUGGCGAGGAGAACCGGUCAUCGUCCUCAACCCCACCGAGCAGAGAGUGGAGGUGGGGAAGCCGCUACAGCUGCAGUGUGCUGCCAUGGGGGUCCCGGCCCCCACCUACCAAUGGUACCGUAAUGGGAACCUGCUGGAACAACAGAAGAAAAAAAAACUCUGGGUAACAUUGCCUUGCGAUAGUUCAGAAGCUUUGGCUACUGAGAUCACCCACGCGAAGGUCAGUGACUCUGGCACGUACCUCUGCUGCGCCUCCAAUAGCCACGGAGAGCACUGGACCAAUGCUGUGGAUGUCCACAUAGGUACUUGUCGCUCUGAAAAGUUUUUUGCUACAGGCAAGAUAGCGCUUUUAGUGGGCAACAACCACUACCAGCAUCAUCCCAACUUGAUGGCUCCCGUCACGGAUGUGUUUGAGCUGAGUCUUCUUCUGGAGCAGCUGGGCUUCCAGGUUGUCUCCCUUCUGGACCUGAACAAGGCUGAGAUGGCGACAGCGGUCAGUCGGUUCCUGCAGCUCCUGGGGAAGGGAGUCUAUGCUAUAUUCUACUACGCUGGUCAUGGGUACGAACACUUGGGAAGGAACUACAUGGUCCCUGUUGACGCUCCACAACCUUACGCCCCUGAGAACUGCAUCAGUGUGCAGAGGAUCCUCCAGAAGAUGCAGCAGCAGCAGACGGCCCUGAACCUCAUCCUGCUGGACACCUGCAGGAAAUGGUACAACCCGGAGUGUGCCCUCUCCCAGGUCCAGCCGUUGGAGCCCUGGGGCAAUACCGUUUACGGCUAUGCCACGAGCGAAGAUGCAGAAGCCUAUGAGUUGCAGGACGGGGAGUUCAGCUCUGGGAUCUUCAUGAAAUAUCUGAAGAAACACAUUCUGCAGGAGAAGAAGGUUACACACAUGCUGGAGGAUGUGUUAGAAGACAUCGGCCGGGAUCCCUUGGUCACUGGGAAGCAGGUGAUGGAGAUCAAACACACUCUGAAGGAAGCUCGGUCCCUGACGGACCCAAUCUGCCCCUUGGGAGCAGCUGCUGAACACUGGGGACGCGGCCACGAGCCACUGAGCAAAAUGGUGACCUUCCCCUGUGGGGCGCAGGCAGAGCUCUGCUUCCACCGGCUCUUCUCCAACAUGAUGUACGUGUGCGCCAAGCUGCAGCCUCCCCCAGCACACGUCACUGACGCCCAUCUCCUGCUCUGCCGGCCCACCGAGAAGGUCGAUGUGGCCGUCCUGAAAGAGAGCUGCCCGGACCAAGUGGAGUCUCUGUUCGCCUCGGUGUACAAGCGGGAGGAGCUGGACUGUGUCUUCCAGCUCUGCGGACUGCAGAAAAUUCAGACGGACGUGGUCCUGCAGUUGGAUUUGCAUUACACCCAGCUGAGCACAAAGCAGAGGACUUGUGAAAGCCAGAGAACGAUCCUCCAGAAAUCUCUGCUAGGGCAGUUUUUCAGCCAGAGCAAUUACUGCCAGACAAACUGCCUGAGAACUCCCUCCCGCGCGGGCAGCAUCUGCCGGCAGGAUGCAUCGGUGCUGUGCACGGACCCAAAGGGACAAGGCUCUCUGAGGACAGGCUCUGGCCACAGCUUGCCCAGCAGCAACCCCUCCAACUCCAGCACCGAGCCCGAGGAGAACGACGAGAGCGACCUGAGCGAGCUCUGCUCAGCACUGCUCCGGGCUGGCCCGGGGCAGGACUGCCCCUGAACCCCCGGGCUGGCGUGCCCAGCCCUGGCAACUGCUUUUUUUAUAGAGGCAACAGUUAACCGGAGUGCUAAAUACAUCAGAAUCCAUCAGCUGUUUUCCGGCCUCGGCGAUCGCCCCGUCCAAAUGAGGCCGAGGCUGCUUUCUCAGGAAGGCUUCUCCCAUCUGUGCCCUGCGGGGCCCGAAGCCACUGGAAAUAAGCCCCGUCCCACGGGAGCGCGGGGAGCGGCAGGGAUCAGCGAGGAGGAGCUGUUGUUGGGUGGCCCUGUCCUCCGUCAGACACCCGUUUCCAGGCAAAACCCAGCACCGCGUCAAGCCAAGGGCACAGGCUGAUGUUUUCUGCGAAUUAGGCUUUGCCUGAAAGCAAACCUUGCAGCAUUAAAGGUGUUGAGAAACACUACAGACCUGUGCUGCAGCAGCGGCACGGCCUCAAAACCCAGCGGCAGCUGCUGAGCCGCGGCGCCCUUGUGCAAGGGACGCAAGGCUUGAACAGGGCGCCCAGAUAAACCGGUGUGAGUGUAUCGGCUCUCCCUGGGGCCGCAGCGGGGUUUCCUUUCCCUGUGAGUCCUCCCUGUGCCAAAGCAGGUUUUAAGUUAUGCAUUUAUGUAUUUCUAAAGAAUGUAUUUAUACUUGGGGCAAGACAAUUGCUUGCCAGGAGAAGGAAGGUCAGGUGUUCCAUCAAGUGUGUGUUUACAAUGAAGGCUGGUUUUCCGUCAGUAGCAGCCGCCGGACGGGUACGCUGCCACGUGCCCCUUCUGGCAUGGCACACAGGGGCUCAGCUCCGCUCAGAUGCAGAAUUUCCUACAUGCGGGAGACGGAAAAGACCAAGAUGGAGGAGGAAGGGCCUCAAAAAAGUCAUUAUAAGCGCAAAUUUUAUUUCUAAGUGCCUGUCUCUCUGCAUUCACUGUGGGCAACCUCAAGCACUACCUUUUGCGGAGAGCAAGCUGUCCAGAGAGAGCCACACGUUAGCAGGGCCCAAAGGACGACCCAAGUGGGCGCAGUCCCCUCCCUGCCUGCUUCUCUAGUAUUUGUUUGAUAAAACUUUCAGCAUUGCUCAGCAAGGGCCUGAGAGGGUGAUCCAAUAGUUCCCCGGGGGCCGAUGACCCCUGUGUGAUCCAGCUAUGGGAUCUCCAUCCUUGGAGGCAGUUGGCUCUGGGCUGGAGAAGGUGCUGAUGAACUGGUGCAAGCUGUCGGGGUGCUGGGCCAGAAACAGCCAGGGGGUCCCUUCUGGCUGUUGUGGUCCUGUGAAAGAAAGAACUUAAGAACUUUGGAGAUCUAAGACUUCUUGAGAGGUCAAGGAUAGUGGGGCGGGAGGAGUGCCCACGCUCUGUCUUCUGUCUUGGUCUAAAAAGAGGGAUGGAAGAGAGCAUUUUGUUAUAUUUUAGUUCUCCUUCAGCAGUGAAGAUACGUGCGUCUCUGUCUACAGUGCCUAUUGCAGCAUGGAAGAAUAUUAAAUGCUCCUUCCAGAUAAACCAUCCUACAAGAGCUGGAAACCUGACCAAAGAGAACAGAGGAGGCUUUUAUUCUCCUCACGGUGAGUUGAGCCAAGGGAAAGAAGAGAGGCCCCAUCUGGCUGAAGUCUAGAAAGUCUCCUAGGAAAAAAUAUAAAGCUCAAAAAAAAAAAUAAUUUACAGGGUGUAGUUUAAAUGAGAUGGACUGGUAAAAAAGCUAAACCAGAAAAUAAUAAACUAAUUUAAAGGAGAACCAAGGAUCAACUCAACCCCAGCAGAAGCUUAGGGCAGGUCGGUGUGAUGGUUGUGCAGCCUUUGGGAGGAGCUGGGGGGUCGCAUUGCCUCUAUGAGGAUUGUGCACACCCUCCCGUGCUGCUGGGGCAAAAGGUGUUUCUGGCUCGCGUAAUCAUGGCAGAUGUCAUCUCUUGUGAAUGUUAACCUCACUCCAAGUUGAGGCUGUUUGUUUUUCCUGAAUAAAACACUAUUGGUGUUUUUGA